UUAUGACAAGGCUUCUUCAAGACUCUUGCUCAGAAGCAUCCAGCACUGGUAACAAAUAGAAAUGGGAUGCAGGAAUGGAUGGACCAUUUUGCUGAUGCUUCAGGGCUGGAUCUCUGUUCUUUCUCAGCUUUGCUUCCUCAGCCAUGAAGCUCCAGAGGCUCUGGCAUCCCUUUUCCUGGUGUUCCCUGUUCCUUCUGCUCAUGCUUUCAGGAGCUGAGCAGCAUGCGUUUGAUGUUACUGUUUGGCCGGAAAACCCUGUGGUGGAGCACGGAGGGUCCCUGUGGCUGAACUGCAGCACCAGCUGCCAGGAGGCAGAUGCCAAGGGAGGCUUGGAGACAUCUCUGAUCAAGGAGAGAAGAGACAAUGGGACUAGCUGGGCAGCCUUCCAGCUUGUUAACAUCACAGAGUGGGCGCCCGCCCCGGAGUGCUUCUUCAGCUGUUACGGAGAGCAUAAAUCUGUGCGUGCAAACAUCGUGGUGUAUCGGAUUCCAGAACAUGUAAUUUUGGAUCCAGUGCCAAUGAUGGAAGUGGGCAAAGUGUAUACUUUGACAUGCAGGGUUCCCAGCAUUGCUCCUAUCCAGAACCUCACCAUGACCUUGCUCAAAGGGAAGGAGAAACUGCAUAUGGAGACCUUUGAGAACCACACUGCUCCUGAAGCCAGUGAAGUUGUGAUGACUCACACCAUUACUGCUCAGCAGGCCAACCACAGGGAAGAAAUCACCUGUCAAGCAGCUCUGGAUCUGAGGCCUGAAGGGCAGCCCUUUGAAAAGACAUCUCGCAUCCAGCUCCUACAAGUUUUUGCUUUCCCAAAGGAUCCCCAGCUCCAAACCUUGCGCUACAUAGAGGCCCACACCACAAUGGCCGUGCAGUGUGAGGUGGCAGGAGCUUUUCCAGCCGAAGAGGCCCAAUUUGACCUGACCAUUGCCGGAGAGAGACUGAACUUCAGCAUCAGUGUGCUGGGUGAUACAGCAAGGGCCCAGGCUCAGGUGUCCUCCUUAUCAGCAGGAAAAUAUGAAUUGAAUUGCACAGUGUCCCUGGGUCCAGUGAUCAAAUCUGCAAUGGAAACAGUACAUGUUUACAGUUUCCCUGAGCCCUCUCUGGAGAUCCAUCCAUCUCAGACUCUUGUAAAUAAUCCUGUGACCAUUAUAUGUGAUUCUACGACAACUGAGCUGCCCAGCAUUUCUCUUCGGAUCAAAAAUGCUUCAGGGAGGACCCUGGCUUCUGGUGAUCAACACCUUCUGCAGCUCACCCACAUAGCUCAGAAGGAAGACGAUGGGAGGGAAUUUGUAUGUGAAGCAGAACUGACGCUUGGUGGAGACACCAUCAUUAAACACACAUCUACCAGUCUUACUGUCUUCUAUGUGCCGGAAAUGGAUGAGUCCACUUGUCCAAGCAACCAUACUUGGGUAGAAGGGAUGCAACAAAUGUUCCACUGCAUGGCCAAGGGGAACCCUAAACCGUCAGUGGUUUGCAUCAAAGAUGGCAUCACGUACAACCUGGAAAAGAAAGAGGUGGUCAACCAGAGCUAUGCCGGCAUCUUCAACUGCAGUGCCACAAAUGAGCUCAGCUCCAGCACCAGAUUAGUCACAAUCCAUGUGGAAUAUGGGCCUCGGCUGCGUGAGUCUGGCUGCCCAAGUAACCAAACAUGGGUGGAAGGGAGCCUACAGAAGUUCACCUGCCAAGCUGAUGGGGUUCCCAUUCCCAAGUUGUCUUGCAUGAAAGAUGGCAAAGUGCAUGAUGUCAGACAAGUGCAGAAUGUCACACAAAGCCAUGCUGGUGUCUAUCACUGCAAUGCUACCAAUGCUCAUGGGUCAAGCAGCAAGAUGGUCACUAUCGAUGUUGAGUAUGGGCCUGAAAUGGAUGACUCCAGCUGCCCCCAUAAUUUGACCUGGAUAGUGGGGGCAGAGCAAACCUUCAACUGCUUUGCAGGGGGGAACCCAGGGCCAACUGUUAAGUGCAUAAAAGAUGGCAGAGCUUAUAGCCCUGGGGUUUCCCAGCACGUCACCAAAGAACAAGCCGGCACUUAUCGCUGCACAGCCACAAAUGUACAUGGCUCCAACAUCAGGGAUGUGAGCAUCCAAAUUGAAUAUAAGCCAGAAAUGGAUGAAUCCAGCUGCCCAACUAACUGGACCUUAGUAGAAGGGGUACCACCCACUUUUGAGUGUAAAGCUGAGGGGGUCCCACCUCCAGAAGUUGUAUGCACCAAGGAUGGCAUAUCAUACCACCUUAGUCAACUACAAGGAAUCCCAGUUCACAAUGGAAUCUUCUGGUGUAAUGCUACAAACCGGCAUGGAUCAGCCACCAAGGCAGUCACUGUUGCUGUUGAAAGCAAACCUAAGAUGGAUGAGUCCAGCUGCCCAAGUAACCAGACCUGGCUGGAGGGGACUUUGCAGUCGUUGGCCUGUGAAGCAAAUGGGACUCCUACUCCAUUUGUCUUGUGCACCAAGGAGGGAGCUACUGAGGACUUCCAGAAAGAGCAGAAUGUCAGCAGAAAUGACACUGGCAUCUAUCAGUGCAAGGCCACUAACGGCCAUGGGACCGAGAGGUGGAUGGUGGCUGUGCAAGUGGAAUACAGGCCUGUUAUCUCUCUUCUGGCUGUCAGUGCUUCCUUACCCAUCAGAAGAGGAACAAACUUUACCAUCACCUGCCAUGCUGAUGGGUCUCCAGCUGUCAGCUACACCUGGAGGGUGCCUCAGGCUUCCAACCUCAAUUAUGUAGUCAACAACAGCACGGUAGCCAUCACCAGUGCCAGUGGACAGAACAGUGGUGUGUAUGAGUGCACAGCCAGCAACAAACAUGGGCAGUACCUCAGCCAGGUGGAAAUCCGAGUGGAAGAUCAUUGGCUGUAUAUUAUUGUUGUCAUAGCAAUUGCUGGCGCCACCAUGUUAGUCCUGGGAGGAAUGGCUGGAGUUAUUUACUAUCUCAAAUCCACAGCCUGUAAGAAAGGCGAGUACAAUGUCCGUGAUGCAGAGAACUCUACUGAAGCCACCUGUCUGAACCGUGAGAGGCCCUGUGAUGGAGAUAUCUAUGGUAUACAGCUCACUAGGACCUGAAUAAGUUUGGGCAGGAAUCCCUAGGUCUUGUCUCCUCAGGCAGAGAGAGUGGGGGACAGAUAAAAUAUAACUGUCUGUACACCCUCCACUUCUGUCACCAUCUUCACCAUCUCUGGCUCUGAAGAAAGAAUGUCUGAGCCACACAGUCCUCCGCAUUACUGCGAAGUUAAUUGAUAAAGACACAGUUGAGAGUUCUCAAAAUGGAGGGCCCAUUUUAGUGCCCAUAGUUUGGAAAACAUUUACAUGGCAAUUGCCCAAUGGAGUCUAAAACCAGCCAUCAUCCACCGCUCAGCUCCACUCUGUUGCUUUUAUGGUUGGAAAUAUGCAACGCCAUUCUGCUCUGGAAAUAUUGCAUUUCAGCAAGUCUCUGCUAUUCCAAUUGGGAAUUUUUUAAUACCUGUUGACACCAGUUUUAAUCACUGCAACUUCAGUUUGGGCUCUUAAGUUCUGGAAAGUUAUGGCUGAUUGGUGCCUUGCCAAAAUGGGAAAUAUCAGCUUUGGAAAACAAAUUCUCAUACAUGGAGCAGGACUUCACCCUUCUAGGACAAGAUGAAGAUUGUAAUUUUUUUUUCCUAAAAAAAAAAAAGAGAGAGAAGAGCAACCUAACAGGACAUUGAAUAAAUGUGAUUAGGAAUUGUGGGUUUUCUUUGUACAGUGUUACAGAAUUCAUAAAACAAGGAUUAAGUUAUCAUGGAAACAUUUAAUCUGGAUUAGCAAAAUCUUGUUCCAUUUUAGUUUAACUCUUAUGCUGACUGAAUUAUACUAAACUGAAUCAAAUCCAUCAUAAGUUUCAAUGGGUGGAUCAAGCGAGAUCAAAUGAAUCCUUUUUAUGCUUUUCCUGAAUUUAAUUUUAUUGGUUUGCUUAUAGGAUUCACACAAAAGAUUAGUGCCCUGAAGUCAACAUGUUUUUCCUUCUCUACCUGAUGGCCACAUGUCUGUCCAUAUAUCUUGUGAAUGUAUAGUCUCUGAUCAGAGAUUCAUAUGAGUAGAGGAUCACAGAUUUUAUAGGACCAUAAGAAAGUAAGUUUGAGGACUUUUGAGAACAAUAAGGGAAUCAUUACUGAAUGGUGGCAGGUACUUUUUGACGCAAUAUUCUCCCCUUUACAUGUUAUGAACUCUCUGAAGACAGCUAUAUACAUGUAACAUGAGAAAACAAUGAGUCCACUCACUAGUGUGAGGCUUACUGGAGCGCUCAAGAUAGCUGUGAUUCUUUAAAGAUUUAAGGCCUCAUCAAUACAGCCCUUAAUCUGGAGUUCCAAGAUGUGAACUUCAACUACUAGCUUGCUAUAAGUUGAAGCCUACAAACACUGGGAAGUUUGGACCCAGUGCUGUCUCCAGGCAUGUAGAUUGGUCGUUUUCCAUUCCUGAAGUGAAAACUUCAUGUUUGUUGGACAAGUGUCCCAGAAGCAAUUUGUAAAUAUUAUAAUCAGAUCCACACACCAACAAAAAUGUGGUUACUCCAUAGUGCAUGGAGUUACAUCAUUAAAAAUCUGGUUCUGGUUCCAGUUCAUCAAUAUUUUUUAACUCUCAAGUUCAGGUCUGAUUCAGAAAAUAGCUUUUAAAAGUUGUUUGUUAAUGGGUUCAGGUACUUUGAACUGGUUUAGAAUCCAUUUAGAUACAUGCAGAAUUGCAGAUUAAUACAAAACUCCUUUGCUUGUAGUGCAACUCUAUGAAACAAAUAUAAUUAUAACUAUUUCACUCAAGAAAAAAUAUUUUUGCAUUGUUUAAAAGAGUUUUUAAAAUAAAAUAAUUUAUAACAGGAUUAAAAACCAGGAAAACAUCCUGUUUAGGGUGAAGGGCAGCAAGAAAGAACUGCAGUGCCAAAGAAAUGCAAGAAACUUCCAGCCUCAGUUCAAGUUUCCUCCACGUGGAGGCCUUUUUGCUAAACAAUAGCCUGUUCGUGACAAGGCUACUGAGUCCGAGGACUACCAGUCAUAGACCCUGCCUACCGAUCCUGCUUCCUCCUCCUCUUCCUUUUAGGUGGCUUACUGAAAAAUAAUUUCUUCCAAUAUUGCUGGAGCAGAGAGCAGCCCUCCUCCCACCCCUCAGAAGAGAUUUUGAACAGUUACCUGAUUUUGAACAGUUACCACUUUUUGUGUUUAGGGAUCAUUCGGUUCUGGUUCAAUUGCAAGGCAACCAAAAGACAUUGGGUUCAGGAUCAGGUUCAGUUCAAUUCCCUAGUCCAAUUCUUUUAAUUGCACAAGCUGUUAUUAGUUAAGUCAAUUGUGCAUGGAAAACACACCCAAGAUUCAAAUCUGCUUUAAUUUGUACUGCUAUGUAGGCUUUUGUAUUGGGAUAAAUGUACAGUUGAUGCACAUACACAAUGAUUCAGAUCUGUACAGCAACCUGUGUGUUUAAAUGGAGAAGAUGAUGCACUGUUACAAACAGUAAUAUACCACAGUGAUUCAGUUUUGCAAGGACAUCUGUGUUCUUGUGCAGCUCCCAUUCUUUUCAAUGGAGCUUACUCGGGAGAACUGAAGUUGUCCAAAAUGGCAACCCUGCCAAAUGCUGAACAGAUUUGGUCUGAUCCUAUGGCGUGGAGUAGGGAGGGAGCACCCUAGUGACACCUGGCUGAAGCAGGGGAUGGCACCUGAUAGAUCAGGGGACAGAAGUUAGCUCACCUGGUGGCUAAGGCCAGGAUGGAGCAUGCUGGACACAGGAGCUGUAGAGCACAUAGCGAAAGCUCAAAUCAAGCCGAUGCCUUUAUCUGGAAAGCUGAUAAGCAGGGCAUAAAGGUGACAGGUCUCCCUGUUCUUUGUCUCUAGUCUCUGUAAUUCAGAGGCAUACUACUGCUGAACACAGAGAUUUAAUUUAGCUAUUGUGGUUAAGAAAUUGCCUUUCUGGAAGAGACCUAGGCACGGGUGUAGCUAGCAUGGGGAAGGCCUAUACUCAUCCUCCACCCUGGCACAGGGCCCCUUGGUGGCAUGUACAAAGUGUGUGCCCCCACUCUCCCACAUCAGCAGGGCCCACUUACCUUCUGUCACCUCCACUGCCCGCCUGCCUCCACCUGCACCCAUGCCACCUCUCCUUGGAGGAGAGAGAAAGAGGAGGCGGAUGGAGCAAGGAGCCUCUUUCCCUCUCCACCUCCUCUGCCCGUGCAAUAUUUAGAAGUGCUUCCCAACAUCACGCGGACAGAGAAAGCAACGAGGAAAAGAGGAAGAGGGGGACAGGCUAGAGGGUGGUGAGGGGAGGCGGGAGCAGAUAGGCCCCUAGUGGUGGCUGGGCCUGCAUUCAAAGGACACCUUUUAAUACCAGCGGUAACUCCAUCCCUGGAUCAAGAUUCAUCUGGUCUGGUAUUCUGCCUCCUACAACAGCCACUCAGAUGCCUCUGAGAAGCUCACAAACAGGACAUGAAGGUGAUAGUAAUCCCCUUUUGUAUACCCCCAGUAUCUGUACUGCUUCUGUACACAGAGGUUCCUACUUAGCCAUCAUGGCUAAUAGGCAUAGGGACAUAGGAAGCUGCCUUAUACUGAGUCAUGCCAUCGGUCCAUCUAGUUCAGUAUUGUCUACCCAGACUGGCAGCGGCUUCUCCAGGGUUGCAGGCAGGAUGCUCUCUCAGCCCUAUCUCAGAGAAGCCAGGGAGAGAACUUGGAACCUUCUGUGUGCAAACUUGUAGAUGCUCUUCCCAGAGCUGCCUCAUCCUCUCAAGGGAAUAUCAUACAGUGCUCACAUCUAGUCUCCCAUUCAAAUGCAAACCUGGGCAGACCCUGCUUAGCAAAGGGGGCAAUUCAUACUUGCUACCACAAGACCUCCCCUCCAUGUGGCUGUCUAGUCUUUUAAAGCCAUUUAAAAGACCCACCAAAGUCAUUUAAAAGACCCACUAAACUGAAUUUAGCCCACUGUUCAUGUAUGACACGGACAGUCUACUAGAGGUGCAAUCAAUCUCCCAGUUUUAACACCUGCACAGGGCUGGAAAAACAGUAUACAACGUUCUGACUCAUUUAGUCAUUUAAGGGAGAAGACAGAUUAUAAGGUUGUUCUCACGAUCAUUGCUGCCCGGCAGGUAAGGUGUGGAAGGAAGGCAAGAUCAAUCUUACCUUUCCCCUUAAGAUCCAGAUCCUUGUGUGCAGUGUUCGGUUUGUGCAACCACAUGAACUGUGAUGCACUAAGCAGCAUGGAUUUCUGGAGGCUGGGAAAGCAUAGCCUGUCUUCCAGAGAUCCCUAAAUGCACCGUGCAAGGACCAUGGUGCAUUGAGGGAUUUCCCCUGAAGCCGAGUGCUCUAGGCACCUGGUGUUGCAGAAAAAUUGCUUAUCCUCUAUAAGUAAUUGUACAGGAAGCAACUUUUACUGAGAAACAAGUGUUUGAUAUUUAUUACUAACUAAAACAUAGGCUAAGAAAACAAUAAACAGACUAACAGUCUCUUUUGCAUAGAGAGGGAGAAUCUCUCAGUUUGAAUUCAAGACAACAAGUGAAGGAUCAGACAAACAAACCCAGACUCCAUCCUCAAGCCAAUACAUAGUUACAUUAUAUGUCCGUAGUAAAUCCCAACUUACUACUUCUCAGUGUCUCGUUCUUGAAUUCUGAGUCCCAUGUUGUGUUUUAUGGUGUAAUGCAACCUUAUCUUUUCCUGAUUGGAGCAAUUUAUCUGUGUCUGAAUCUGGUAUGCCUUCAAUUUUCACUUUUAGGAAAUUUCCACUUUUAGGUGGAAUCCCUUUAUUAACUCUGCUUGAGCAUCUCACUUCUUGUUCCAUUUCAAUCUAGCCUUCUUGAUUGGAAAACUCUGGUUCUGUCUCAGUCUUCGCUACUUGGUUGCAUCUUGCUGACCCCGUCUCUUGCCAAUUGUUCUUAUACUAAUUUAGAAAUUUAUCCCUUGCUUGGAUGCCCAAAUCAGCAGUGCCAAAGACUCAUGCAAUCUUUGUGUGCACCUUCACUUGCAACAUUAGUUUGCUUUCUUUUGCAAUUUAUUUCAUACAGUUCACCAUCUUUCAACAUGCCUCUCAUCAGAAACUUUCCUCCUUUGAAAAUAAAGCAAUGGUCCCUUCUAAGAAGAAUUCUACAUCCACAUCUUAUAGCUAUUUUUACACUCAUUAAACUGUUUUGCAAACUUGGAACAUAGUAUGCCCCUGGAAUACAUACUUCAUUCACUCUAUUUUCACCAAGAUUACACUUCAUAUAAACUGUCCCUUUUCCUUCUGCAAAAAAAAAAAAAAAAAAAAUUGCUGUCCAUUAGCAAGGUAUAUAGGACUUCUAUGUUCCAUGCUUAUCACAGCAAAACCUUGCAAAUUAUUGAAGGAAUGUGAAAAAGCUCCACUAUCCAAAUAUAUUUUGUUUCUACUUUAACUUGCAUCAACCCUGUAGAUGAUUUCUUUUGCAGCACACAUUUUCAUCUUUCUCAACAUUAUUUUCAUUGCUUUCACUUUUGCAUAGGUAAGUUUGUAAGAAAGUCCAUUUUUCUGGAAUUUAGACUGAUUCCUUGUUCUCUGUUGAGAAUAAUUCCCUUGCUCUUUAUUAAGACAAGUAUUCCUCAGAUGCAAGAUGCCUCCACAUAGAAAACAUUGCCCUCCAUCAGCAACUUUGUAGGCUUUAUUUUUAACUGAUUUCUCCCUUUCUGUUUGCUUUUUCAAAUUAAACUCUUGCAAACAUUCCUGCACAAAAUUCAAAUUCACAUUUUCUUUAAUUUGCAGAAAAUUGACAAUAUUCUCAUAUUCUUUAGACAAGGUAUUAAGCAAAAGUCCAAUUUUUGCUAAUUCUGGAAUAUUUAUCUCUUGCAGUUCCAACUCUCUCAAUCGUCCCCAAAAUGAGCAUAUGUGCCCACAACGGUCUCCCUCUUUGAAUCUUUUAUUACACAACAACUGCAGCAUUAGAUAAACUUGACUAUUCAUGUUUCUUUGUUGAAAGACAUCCUUUAGUCUUUCCCACUUCUCCUUGCUGUAUUUUUGUCUUCUCUAUGAUAGAUUAACUGAUCACUUACAGUCAGAUAUAUGUGUCCCAUGGCUUGCUUGUUUGCAGAAUCCCAUUCUCGUUGUUUCUCUUCAUUCGCUGUUGAUCUUUGUUUCUCCAGAACAUAAGGUAGUCCAAGAGUAUUCAGCAACAUCUUCACUCUGAAGGGCCAUUUUCUGUAGUUUGUUUCAUUGAGCACUUAACAGUGGGAUGCCUCCCCACAAAUGCAAAGGUAGUAAAGUAAUCUUGUCUAAUUUUCUUGCCUACAAACACUUUAUCUCACAAUGUAUUGCUUCAUGACUGGGCCCAUAACCCAAUGUUGCAGAGAAAUUACUUACCCUCUGUAAGUAAUUGUACAGGAAGCAACUUUAAUUGAGAAACAAGAGUUUGAUAUGUAUUAUUACUAACUAAAACAUAGGCUAAAAACAAUGAACAGACUAACAGUGUCUUUUGCAGAGAGAGGGAUAACUUCUCAGUUUGAAUUCAGAACAACAAGUGAAGGCGCAAACAAACAAACCGAGACUCCACCCUCAAGCCCAUACAUAGCUACAUUCAGACAUAAACAAGCAUGCCCCAUGCACAGAACUGAGACAAAAAGGUCAUUCACACAACCAGCAAUGGUGGGGGGGGGGGCGGCGAGGGGAAGGCAGGGUUCAACCGACCCUCCCCACAGAUGAUCCAGGAUGGCCCAAUCAACACUGCGUCAUCACACACAUGAUUGCUGCGGUGGUGACCAGUGCCACAUUCCGGAGACUGGGGAAAUGCUCCUCGGCCUCCAUGAAUCCCACAGUACACCACAUGCUGAGUGCAAUGCAUUGGGGGAUUCCCCCAGCAGACGGGCACACUAGGCACCCAUCUCUGUGUCUCCUUGGAUUGUGUGCAGUCCAAGGAGAGUCACAAUCCCAGCAGCCAGGUUAAGGGCAUGAUUGCACCCUUAACCUCAGUUAAGAGCCGGGCUUCAAAGUAAUGUUUACUGGGCAAGAAUGCAGGGAUCCACAGGGAUUCCGACGCUCCACUCAAGCAACCUAACCCAGGCUGGGCUGCCCUAGCCUGGGUUAGGCUGCUCAUGAGAACAGCCAUAAAGUCUGUAGCAAAUCUCAACAUCCAGCUCUGUGUCUGCUCUGCUCGGGCUGCGGGCAUAUGACUGCGGACUUGGGUAUAAGGGCACACUUGUGCCCUUCUACCGAGGUAAAAAUACCCUGCAUUUGAGGGGCCCUGUAUCUAGGUUCACUUUUUAAAUGAACAUAUGUACAAUUCACACAAAGACACAUGCACUUUCCAUGUGUACUGAUACCUGUAUGUAUGUACAACAUAAUGGCCAAGCAGGGCCACAUUCUGUUGGGAUUUAGACCUUGGGGUGAUCUAGCAUGACAAUUCUUAUAUGCACAAUAUUAUUAGUAAACAGCGCUGCAGUGCUGCAGGAAUGGGCAGGGACACAGUCCAGGUACUUUUUUCCUUCCAGGAUCUCAGCAGGAACACAUAGCCCUUGGCUUUCUUCAUGGAAAUAAUGUAAUACUCUUGCUAUUCCAAACAUGUAUUUCCAUGCUUCCUGUCGUAGGAAGCUGCCUUAUACUGAGUCAGACACUUGGUCCAGCUAGCUAAGUAUUUGCUACAUGGACUGACAGUGGCUCUCCAUGGUUUAAGGCAGGAGUCUUUCUCAGCCCUACCUGGAGAUGCUGCCAGGGACUGAACCUGAGACCAUGAACAUGCAAGUUUCGACUAGUUAAAACAGCCGGCUUGGCUGCUGUUUUGACAAAUCAAUUCAAGGAUUUUGGAAUUUAUUUUGAGCUCGGAACGAAUAACAAAAUCCAUUUCGUGCAUAUCUCUACUCAGUGGUUGUCUCUGUUUCUUCAAAGUGAUAGCCACCAACAGCUCAUAUCUAGCUCAUAAGUUUUGUACAAUCAGCAGGAGUUUUGUACCUGACAAGAUAUCCUCUUUGGCAGGAGACGGCAACCUGGUGCUGGCAUAAAACAAUCCAAGCAGGUAGCAAAUUCUAGACCUUGGAUGAAGAAAGGUGAUCCAGAAACAAAAUAAUUGCAUAUUAUUCACUCACUCUGUCCUCCCCUCUUAACAAAGAAGACUAUCUUCUGCACUGCUGAAACACCUAUGGCAAAUACUCUGUGUGCAACAUGGUCCUAGAUCAUUAUAAGUGCUGCAAAUUAGCUUCUUGUGGAAAUGUGGACCAUAUUUUGCAAAUAACAUUGUUUAGACCUCACUUGGUUUUCUAUUCUUGAUAUUCAUUUGGCCAUGGUCCCAUCCUCAAUAAAAAUGGUGCCACAGGAAUCAAAGUAAAUCAGCAACAAUCUAUAAAAUAGAUGAUUUCUAUUAUGUUUCUAUAAUUUUAAUCUGAUGCAUUUUUGGUGGUUUAUUAAGAACAGGAAAAGUUCUUUCCCUACUUAAUUAUUGUGAACAUUGUAUUUCCUCCCCUUUCCCCCUUAUGCUGGUGGUCACAGAUGGUCUCGCAAAAAAAUGUAGCAUGUGGCUCAGGCAGUGUCUCAAACACUGUUUAUAACAGUUUAUAACAGUUUAUAACAACAUGGGUAGAAAUAUUGUUGUAAAGUUGUAACAUGUUUAUUGUAUUUUCCUCAACAUAUUUCUUAUUGUAGCUGAAAAAAAUACAUUACAUAAGGGUUAAUCAUGAGUGAUUUCAAAAAUAAAUAUUUAUUAUUUAU